UGAGGGGGCGGGGCCUGUGCUGCUCAUUCAGUGAGUAAAUCAUGGCUGACAGUUAGGCAGCAGCAGCAGCGAUGGCUCACAGCUUCACUCAGGAGUAUUUUCAGAUCCCCGUGGUGACCCGAGCGUACACGACCGCCUGCGUCCUCACCACCGCCGCCGUGCAACUGGAGGUCAUCACCCCCUUCCAGCUCUACUUUAACCCCGACCUCAUCAUCAGAAGAUACCAGAUAUGGCGCCUGAUAACCAGCUUCCUCUUCUUUGGCUCUCUUGGAUUCAGUUUCGUGUUCAACAUCAUCUUUCUUUAUCGAUACUGCCGGAUGCUGGAGGAAGGCUGUUUCCGGGGAAGGACGGCGGAUUUUGUUUUCAUGUUCCUGUUUGGAGGAAUCGUGAUGACUCUGUUCGGUCUGUUCGCCAACGUCUUCUUCCUCGGUCAGGCCUUCAUCAUCAUGCUGGUGUACGUGUGGAGUAGAAGACAUCCGCUCGUACGCAUGAACUUCUUCGGCCUGCUGAACUUCCAGGCGCCGUUCCUCCCCUGGGUGCUCAUGGGCUUCUCGCUGCUGCUCGGGAACUCCAUCGUGGUCGACCUGCUAGGUAUCAGUGUCGGUCACAUGUACUACUUCCUAGAAGACGUGUUUCCAAACCAGCCGGGAGGAAGGAAGCUGCUGACGACACCAGAACUUCUACGGACCUUGUUUGACCGGCCGGAGGACCCAGACUACCGUCCCCUCCAGGAAGCGCAAGAGGACGAGGAGCCGCACAACUAACAGAACCAAGAUCCACAAAAUCAGACGACACAGGAAGACAGUCAGAAGAUCUGUGGAGCUGCGAGUCUUUUCAGAGGACAAUUAAGACGUAUAAAGGACUGAACUGCAAGUCAGCAUCAUGAAUAUUCAAUUAUGACAAAGCAUUUUGGAGUUUAACGCCACGUUCACAUUAAGCAUAAACUACGGAGCUUUCAUUUGCCUUAAUGACAAUAACACAGCAGCACAGAGAUGGCCGAAGAAACUCAGAAGAAGACUGAGCUGCAGUCUUUUUAGGACAGAAAUCAAUAUGCAAAGAAUUAUGGGUAGAAGGAAUACAGACAGUUUCUUUUUUCUUGGAAAACAAAGCAGAAGAACCUUAAAAUAGGCACCAUGUGGAGGAUUUGACCACGACUCAACAGAGCAAUGUUUUUAGGAGUGGGUCGGCGUUUUGUUCGUAUCGCGCAUGAGCAUAAAAAAUGACACACAGUCCUGCCAACAGGUGGCGGUAGCGCGCCAACGAAAGCAGUGAAGAAGACUGCUAGCAAGUAAACGUGGAUGUAAACAAUGCAAAUAUAUUUUGUGAAUUAGCUUUGCAACUAUUUUAUGAUGAAGGAAAUGCACUCGUGUGUUUGGUUAGAGGUCCACUUACUAGCUUUUUUUGUUGCUUCAACCUGAUCUCAGGGUCUUUAUCAGGGGCCAUCACGUGACCUUAGAAGGUCAGUCACGUAAUAAUGGGUGAUCGUAUAAGAAGGGAAAUUGUAACUCCUGUUUCCGAAGACCGUGAGAUGCAUAAAAAAGCCAGUAAGUGGACCUUGGAGUUGAGAUUAUUCUGUCUUAUGUACUGUUGAGGUCAGGAACGAACUUCCACACUCAACAAAAAUGAUGUUUAAGACCACAAGCACGUUUAUAAGAGACAAACAUGUGUUGAUGCCUCCAAAUAUUCUUGAUAAAAUCCCAAACCUGGGGAUAAGACAGAGGCAGGAGUGACUACGUUUACAUGCAAACCGGUAUUCCAAAUAUGACAAUAUUCCCAAUUUGAUAUGGGUCACAGCAUAUUCCGUUUGGAUCGUGAGCAUUUUCUGAUUAAGACGUGAGAUCUGCUGAUAUUAUUCAGGUUUUAGAAGCAUUCUUUGGACAUGUAUACAUUGAGAAUAUGCGUCUCAACUGAGGUUUUAACAGCAGUUUGAGACACACGGCCUCUUGCCUGUUUACGGCGUCGGAGUCUGUUCUCGUGCACAGCCGUAAAAAGAAAAGCUUGAAGAACACAGUUUUGAAGAAAACUUGCAGAACAGUGAAAACGAGGGUUAAACACCACGAGAGCAACAUGACUGCACAGUUGGAAAAGGAGCGAAAUAUUAGUUAUCUAAAGGGCGCAGCCGCAGGACGUACGCUAUGGGGGGCGUUUUACGCUAUUCGGAGCAUGCACGGCUGCAUGUAAACGUGAAUAUUAUUCGUUUUCAUUAAAUAUAUAGGCCAAAAAAACUGAAUUUUUCUGCAUAUUAACAUACUAGCUAUUCACUUUUUUGUGAACAUAAAUAAAUACAAACAUCCAAAGAAGGAAGCAGCUGCAAAAAUCUUCAAACUCUAAUUUGUGACCACAGCUUGGCUUCUCUACUGUUGAACAUGACCACAUGAGUAAACUUUGUAUUCGUACGUUGCUUAGAUAGAACUGAACAGAGCAGGACUGACCCUGCUGUUGUGUCAUUGCCGCUGGUUGCACAGAAAUGCCGACGGCCUGAAAUCCCAUCAGCCCCGUCUGCUCACUCUGCACUUUCACCCGCUGCCUUUGUGGGUCAAACACUGAGGGACAAAAUGGAAAUUGCUUAGCACAACAACACGCAAACAACAAGUCUCUGUGGGACCCCCCCAAAAAACAAAACACACAUUUCAUCAUCCCAAAUAAUAACACAGUUUUCAGAGAUUCAAACAGAGAUUUGUGAUUGUUCUUGUCAGCGUGGAAAAGCGUCUUAAAGCAACAAUAAAGACAGAAAACUUGAUGUGGGGACAUUCUGAGAUACAAAUUGGACAAGACGGCAAAUCAAGCUCUUUCACUUUUUUUUUUUUAUUUUGUAAGAAUUAUUAAAAUGUACAAAAAGACAACAAAUACAACAUAACAAUAUAUUAUCUGAGACUGGCUGUGUGUUUUUUUUUCCUCCCUCUGUGGUCAGGUCAAGAGAGUCAGUGGUCAAAGUGAGAGCAGCUUCUCCACGCCGUCGAGGGGUCCGAAGGGAAAACACGAAGGAUUUUCUACCGGGGUUUUUUUUUUUUUGCCAAACAGAA